CCUUAAUCAAUGCACGUGAUUAGCAAAACAAAUCCUACCACCACCUAACUCCGUUGACACCUCCUCUUCCCCGGCUUCGCAACCGCAACUUUACUCAGUGAUGGCGGCUUUUGGUGCAGCCACUUCUCUUAAGAUGACGAUCGAGAGUAUGCUACAAUCGUCUCGGAUUUCGCUGGUUCCUCCCUCUCCACAAGUCUUACUAUCGGCGUAUGAGGCCAUGGUUAGCUUGCAGAAAGUUUUGUUAAAAUUGGAUGAGACGAGCUGCAGCAAGAUCAGGACGAAGGUGAAUGCUUUGGAUGAACGAAUCAAAGAGGCCGUAUGGGAAUUCGAAGAUUUACUCGAAUCUCAUUUCUAUGAUCAGAUUCUUCCACAAAUCGAAAGCUCAUCAGUAAGUGAGAGAGAUAACUUGCCUUUCUCUCUAGAUCUCCGAAGUCUGCAACAGAAUCUUGAUUGCUUAGUGGAGAGGGUGAUGGUUAUGAAGGCGGAGUACGAUGUUGAACUGCUGAAUAUGCCUGAAGAAGUAGGCGAACCUAUUUCCUCAAGAAUUGAUUUCAGUGGAAUUAAUUCAAACAUGGUUGGAUUAUCAACAGAAUUUAAACAAGUGUGUGAUUAUCUUCUUGAAGAAAUUACAGCUGAUGUUAGAUUUGUAGAUGACAGGGAUUGGCUAUUAGUUACAGGGAUGGCAGGGGUUGGAAAGACAGCUCUUGCUAAGAAAGCAUUUGAAGAUCCAUCCAUUCAGAGACAUUUCGACUUCCGAGCAUGGGUCAAAGUGGGUAGAAAAUGUGAAAUCAAUGAAAUAUUACGAUGCAUUCUAGCUCAAGUGGAUCCCAACAUUCACGACCAAAUGCUUACUCCAGGAGAUGAUAAUGAUGAUGAGGUGGAAUUAGACAAACUCUUGGAAGAGAGACUGAAGGAUAAGAAAUGUCUCAUUGUGUUGGAUGAUGUAUGGGAAUGGGACGCAGGUCUAUAUCAUUACUUUCCACAUGAGAAUGUCCGAAUCUUGGUUACAAGCAGGCUAGGAAUUGAAGAAUCAUCGCAUCAUGUCAUAGUAGGAUUGUUGACUUUCGAAGAAAGCAAGAAAUUACUUGGCGAGAAGGUGUUUGGCGAAGAAGGUUUUCCUCCUCAGCUUGACGAAUUGGGAGAGGAGAUUGCCUACAAAUGUGAAGGUCUUCCACUAAUGGUAGUCACAGUUGCAAAACUCCUAUCCAAAGAAGAUAAGACGCCAAAAUAUUGGACCGAGGUAGUUGUGAAAAAACACAAUUCAGUUUUCGUGGAUGCAUAUAAUCAAAUAUCAGAGGCCAUGAGUUCUACAUUGGUGCAUUUCUUCCUGUGGUCUAAUCUUGGUGAAGGAGGGCACAACAUCCUCGGAUUAAUCAAGAUCCUCCUUGGAGUCGGGGGAUCUUCCCGUGGGAGGCUAAUAAAUUUCAACAUUGUGCACCUCAAGAGUGUUCUUGUCAAGUUGGACGAGACGGGCUGCAGCAAGAUCAGGACGAAGGUGAAUGCUUUGGACGAACUGAUCAAACAGGUCGUAUGGGAAUUGAAGAUUUACUCGAAUCUCAUCUCUACGAUCAGAUUCUUCCACAAGUCAAGCUCGAGAGAUCACUUGCCUUUCUCUGUGGAUGUGCAGCUUAUGCAAAGAAGUGUUGAUUGCUUAAGUCAUAAGUUGUCGGCGUUGGAGAUAGCUUACAUUUAUGAACUGAAGAAUAUGCGUGAAGAAGAAGGCGAACCUCUUUCCUCAAGAAUUGAUUUUUGCGGAUCAGCUCUAGCAUGGUUGGAUUAUCUGAGGUGUUGGAAAGCACUCUUGCUAAGAAAGUAUUUGACGAUCCAUCUAUCCAGGCACAUUUCAAGCUUCGUGCAUGGUCGAGUGGGCAGAAAAUGUGAAUCUAAUGAAGAACUACGUUGUAUUCUAGCUCAACUGGAUCCCAACACUCGCGAUCACAUGCUUACCCAUGGGGAGGAUGAACAAAAAUUGGUUGGAAUCUUGGAAGAGAGUUUGAAGGAUAAGAAAUGUCUUAUUGUCUUGGAUGAUGUGUGGAAACAAGACACACAAUUAAUGGAUAACUUGUCACGAGAGAAUGUCAAGAUCUUGCUUACUGGUAGGCAAGUAACCACGAAAUCAAUAGUCAAAUGCGUACGCUUGUUGAAUGAAGAAGAAGGUAAGAAAUUGCUUGGUGAGAAGUUGUUUGGUGAAGAAGGUUUUCCCAGCCCCACCUUGAGAAAUUGGGAGAAAAGAUUGCCAAAAAUCGAAGGUCUUCCACUUAUGAUAGUCACGGUUCGAGCUCCUAUCCAAAAGAGACAUGACCCCAAAAUUCGGAUGAGGUAG